AUGGCUUAUCCUUUCCUCGUCGCGCCCAUCUUCGCGCCUACAUAUCGCGUUGUGGAACAACCUGCUCGUCGGCAAAGCGUUCCCCUCCCAGCGCCACCGAAGAAUCACGCCGAUCUAGAAGGAUUGGACUUUCAUCGCGAUUCCAGUAGUGGCUCGCCUUCACCUACAAAUACAGGCAUGGAAUCUCCUGCGAGGAGAAACAGUUCUCUCGCCACUCACCGCGUACCAAGAACAUUCGGCUCUGCGACAGUUCGAACACGAUCCCUCGGCUUCGGAGCAGGCGUAGUCUACGAACGCGACUAUCAAGAACCUUCCGACGACGAUGUCAUUAUCGUCACAGUCCGACUAAGCAAUCAAUUUCGAAAACUUUCGGUCGAUGGAGGUGACGAAUUACCCAGCCGUCCUCAACGCCGCUCUUUCCUUCGCCGCCUCUCAACACGAAUGGGCUCCGGUCUCGACCACAGCGCGCAAAAAGAAGAACGCUACAAAGCCGUCAAGAUGCCCCGCGGUGAAUAUAAACGCCACUUUCGACGCGAUAAAGACGGGAAUUAUGCUGGAUCUGAACCCGAACGAGAAUGGAAUGAGGCUGAAUUGAUGAAGGAGUAUGAAGCUUAUCAGGACCUGCCGCUGUCUACUGUGCUGUUGUGCUAG